AUAUAUUACCUAGCCAUACUUCUGAGUCCACGCCUAUUCGCCGCCGCCUGCGAUCUUCUUCUUCUCCCUUUUCACUUUUCACUUCACUUUUCGCUCCUCUUCUAGAUUAAUCUCUUUUGAGAUGGCCCCGGUGGCUGGGCUUCGUUUCUCCGCCGUCUGUUCAACCAGACACAUCCCUAACCCUAAUGUUGCUGACAAUAAAAAAAUCUCAGCUUUUCCUUACAAGCUUCCCGAUAUUCCCCUCCCAUUUGCUGGGAAUCAGUCUCUUCGCUUGUUUUCCAAUAAUAAAAUUCCCAAUCCCAUACUGAAGCCGCUUGCAUCAACUGGUGGCGGUGGCGGCAAUGACGGUGGAGCGGGACACGGGAAAUGUGGUGGAGGAGGCGGUGACGGGAAUAGUGGAGAUGGGAAUUUUGAGAGUGGAGGAGAUUUUGGUCCGUUGGGCAUUUUAUCUAAUGGGUGGAGAUCAAGAGUUGCAGCUGACCCGCAAUUCCCUUUUAAGGUUUUGAUGGAACAGUUGGUUGGUGUUACAGCUAGUGUUCUUGGCGACAUGGCGUCCCGUCCAAAUUUUGGUCUCAAUGAGUUAGAUUUUGUUUUUUCAACUCUUGUGGUUGGGUCCAUUUUGAAUUUCAGUCUUAUGUAUAUGUUGGCUUCAACAGUGUCUUCAACUGUUAAUACUUUGCCUGGGAUCUUUGCGAGUUGCCCAACUGGUCACAUGUUUGAGCCUGGUGCUUAUGGGUUGAUGGACAGAUUUGGCACAUUUGUGUUCAAAGGGGUUUUGUUUGCUUCUGUUGGUUUCGCAUCUGGGCUUGUGGGCACUGCCAUUUCAAAUGGGUUGAUCAAGCUGAGGAAGAAGAUGGAUCCCGCAUUUGAACCUCCAAACAAGCCUCCACCCACUGUUUUGAAUGCUCUUACAUGGGCUGCUCACAUGGGUUUUAGCAGUAAUCUCAGGUACCAGACACUGAAUGGGAUAGAAUUUUUGCUGGCCAGGAUUGUUCCUGAUGUUGUUUUCAAGUCCUCGGUGUUGGUUUUGAGAUGCUUGAAUAAUGUAGUCGGAGGGAUGACGUUUGUGAUGUUAGCCAGAAUCACUGGUUCACAGGGUGCUAAUAAUGAGAAGUCAGUGGCAGAGCUGGCGGAGGAGAAGCAAAACUUGGUGGGUGAGAGUAAAAAGGACUUGUGAAGCAACCAGUCGACUUGAUCAUGGUGAGAUAAUGUUAUGUGUUUUUAUCGGUCAUUUCUUGGCUUUUCAUAACUUGGAUAUGUCAUAGUACAGUAGCAACAAGGUCCAAGAUGCGUAGAUGUUUAGCUUUACAAUUGUUCUGAGCUUGUUUUAAGGAUAGCACCAACUGAACCCAACUCAACUGAGAUGUUUUCUCUGGUUUAUGUUAUUUGAUUUUUUUUGGUUUA